GGGGUCCUUGCCUAGCUCUCGUUCUCCCUCCCCUCUGGAGCCAGCGCUUGCUGCUGCUGCUGCCGGGGCUUCCUCCAUAAAGUAGUUAUUGCGGCUUCCGCCGCCGGUGCAGGAAGAUGGCGUCGGGCGGCGGCGUCGGCUGUAGCGCCACGGAGCGUCUUCCCCCACCCUUCCCGAUUCCAGAGCCCCCGGGGCCCGAGGGGGCGGCUGGCGGAGGUGGCUCGGAGCUCGAGGCCGGGGACAGCGACGCCGAGGGCGAAGACAUUUUUACGGGUGCCGCCUGUUUGGGGAAGAGUCAAUCAAUGAGGGAAACUUCAUUGUUGUUUUCGAUAACUAACAAUUCUAAAGAGAAUGGAGUCCAUGAAGAUCCAGACCAAGAGCAACAAGACCUCUUUGCAGAUGCCACAGUAGAGCUAUCUCUGGAUAGCUCACACAUCCACCAGAAGGAUGAAUUGGCCAAAGCACUUCCUUCUUUCAGUCCCCAAGAAGUCACAAACUCUUCAUGCAAAUCACAGCCAAAGAACUCUGAGGAGCUGGAGGAAGAAGAACAAGAGGACCAAUUUGAUCUGACAAUUUGCAUAACAGAUCCAGAGAAAAUAGGAGAUGGCAUGAAUGCCUUUGUGGCUUACAAAGUUACAACCCAGACCAGCUUACCAAUGUUUAAAAGUAAGCAAUUUUCAGUAAAAAGAAGAUUUAGUGACUUUUUGGGACUCUAUGAGAAACUUUCAGAAAAGCACUCUCAGAAUGGAUUCAUUGUCCCUCCUCCUCCAGAGAAGAGCUUAAUAGGAAUGACUAAAGUGAAAGUUGGAAAAGAAGAUUCUUCUUCUGCUGAAUUUCUUGAAAAAAGAAGGGCUGCACUGGAAAGGUAUCUUCAGAGAAUUGUGAACCAUCCCACCAUGCUACAGGAUCCUGAUGUCAGAGAGUUCUUAGAAAAGGAAGAGUUGCCACGAGCAGUGAGCACGCAGACAUUGAGUGGAGCUGGUCUCCUCAAGAUGUUUAACAAAGCUACUGAUGCAGUGAGCAAGAUGACCAUCAAGAUGAAUGAGUCCGACAUUUGGUUUGAGGAGAAACUUCAGGAGGUGGAGUGUGAGGAACAGCGCUUACGGAAACUACAUACUGUUGUAGAAACUCUAGUCAACCAUAGGAAAGAGUUAGCACUAAACACAGCACAGUUUGCAAAGAGUCUUGCCAUGCUGGGGAGCUCUGAGGACAACACGGCCCUGUCCCGGGCGCUCUCCCAGCUGGCAGAGGUGGAGGAGAAGAUCGAGCAGCUGCACCAGGAACAAGCCAGCAAUGACUUCUUCCUUUUAGCUGAGCUCCUAAGCGACUACAUCCGCCUCCUGGCCAUAGUCAGGGGUGCCUUUGACCAUCGAAUGAAGACUUGGCAGCGUUGGCAGGAUGCCCAGACCAUGUUGCAGAAGAAACGGGAAACUGAAGCCAGGCUACUGUGGGCCAAUAAACCUGACAAACUGCAGCAAGCCAAAGAUGAAAUUGCAGAAUGGGAAUCGCGUGUGACUCAGUAUGAAAGGGACUUUGAACGAAUUUCAACAGUGGUCCGCAGAGAAGUGAUAAGGUUUGAGAAAGAGAAAUCCAAGGACUUCAGAAACCAUGUGAUCAAAUACCUUGAAACCCUUCUCUAUUCACAGCAGCAGCUGGUGAAGUACUGGGAAGCUUUUCUCCCGGAGGCGAAGGCCAUCUCCUAAUGGACCAAGAAAGUCAGAGCUCACCUGAAUUUCCGCUGCCUUUUUAUACACUAUACCUCUCCACCUUUAAUGGAUCCCAGUUGCACAUCCUGCUGAGCCUAGAGACUUAACCCUUUUCCACUUCCCAGGACCAAGCUGCUCCAGUAAUUCUUCUAACUG